CUUCUUCUUUUCGAAUUCACUUUUUUCCCUCCUCCCUCCCUCCAUAGAAAUGCCGCUUAGACGCCGCCAUGGACGGGGAGGCUAACCUUCCAGUCCGACCCGCUGCGGCGAGGAAUUUGAUCCGUCCGGUCAACCUGGAUUCCACAUCGUCAUCGUCUUCGUCGUUCUCGUCCUCCUCCCCGCCGAACUUUCUCCGGAAUGUCCAGGCGGCCUUCAAGCGACACCGCCCUCUCGGAGUAAUGCAGUCAAAUAGCAUAAGACCCCGGCGUAUGGUGCUCCCCCAGCGAAGCGUAUCCAAAAGUGCGGAUUCAAGUGUGGCUCCUCUAGUUGAAUCAAAGCAGUUGAGAGAUGCAGCUUCAAUGAGUCAGGGUAAUACUGCAAAGGAUUCAAUUGCGCAGCCAAACAACAUGAAGGAAACUCAAGAAGAUGCAUCUAUUACACCAUUUUCCACUUCAGGCGUUAGCACCCAAACCUUUGAUGAACGAUUAAAUCCAUUUGAUGCGCAAAUAGAUCAAGCCAAAAUUGGCGUUAGUGGUAAAGACAAUAACUUGAUGUCUCCCUUGCACUUGGAGUCCCAACAGAUUGAUGGUAAAAAAAAGGUCCAAUUUUCAACUGGAAGCGUUCCCAUUCCCCAGGGGGCCGAUGAUCAUAUGGCCACUGAAAUGGAGUUAUCAUCUUACAUGCGUUCGCUUGCGUUAACAGAAAUGGAGUGGAUUUCCGGCAGUCAAGUGGAUAGAUCAGCUGUCACCAAUCUUGACUCAAAGCAUCAGAAUAUUCAGAACAUGGAAUCCGAUGUCUGUUUGAAGUCUGAUGGUGGAAUUUCUUCUUCAUUGGCAAAGAGAACAACUGCCAUUCAGGACCAGUUGCAUCAGUUUAGGAACUUCUUAAGCCAGCCUGCGACUCAAUCCUCAGUUGUCGGGCCAUCUUGUGCUACAACAACGUCUGUCCAUGCUACUUCAGCACCCAUGCUUAGUACAACAACUUAUUGUUCUCAUUUUCAUAGUGGUCCUCAUGUGGCAGUCGAUCCUCAAGCAGUAACUCAAGGGAAUAUGAUGCAUCCGGCAAAAGCUUCUUUAAAAGUCACCAGUGGAAUGUCACCUGCCCAGGUAGCUGUUGCAGACCAAAGUUGUAACUCUGCAAUUGAUACCCAAAUGCAAGUUAAGGAGUAUGAACUCUCUAAGGAUCCAAUUGGCUGCGUGUCGAAGGAAAGUAAGAUUACAGAACGUCAUUCUCUUCUUGAUGACAAGUCAACUGAAGGGAAAGGGCUUGCAUGUGAUGUUACGAAUCCACCAUCACAGGUUCCUUUGCCCCAAAAUUCAUGUGCCGAUAUGAAGUCAGAGCCUUCUAAAUCAGAGAAGCAACAAAAGGCUGCAAGUAGUAAAGGUGCACCAGCCCCUCGUAAAAGGAAUUAUGAUCCGGAAUUGUUUUUUAAAGUCAACGGGAAGCUCUAUCAAAGGCUCGGAAAAAUAGGUAGUGGAGGGAGCAGUGAGGUCCACAAAGUCAUAUCAUCAGACUGUACAAUCUAUGCACUUAAGAAAAUCAAGCUGAAAGGGCGUGAUUACGCCACUGCUUUUGGCUUUUGUCAAGAAAUUGAGUAUUUGAAUAGGCUGAAGGGAAAAAACCACAUCAUACAGCUUAUUGACUAUGAGGUGACAGAUAAGGCUUUGCUCCAUGAGGUCUUGAGUGGCUCCAUGAAUAAUAAGGAUGGCAGAGUCAAGGAUGAUGGGUAUAUAUACAUGGUACUUGAAUAUGGGGAAAUUGAUUUGGCUCACAUGCUGUCUCAGCAGUGGAAGGAAAUGGACGUCUCCAAAAAGACCAUAGAUGAGAAUUGGCUACGAUUCUACUGGCAGCAAAUUCUUCUAGCGGUUAACACUAUACAUGAGGAACGUAUUGUGCACUCUGACUUGAAGCCAGCCAACUUCCUUCUUGUCAAAGGCUCUCUAAAGCUAAUUGAUUUUGGGAUUGCGAAAGCAAUAAUGAGUGAUACAACGAACAUCCAGAGGGAUUCUCAGGUGGGUACACUUAGCUACAUGUCUCCAGAAGCGUUCAUGUGCAACGAGAGUGAUGCAGAUGGAAACACUAUCAAGUGUGGUCGGCCAUCAGACAUCUGGUCGCUUGGCUGCAUCCUUUAUCAGAUGGUAUAUGGGAGGACACCAUUUGCAGACUACAAGACCUUCUGGGCCAAGUUCAAAGUUAUAACUGAUCCCAACCAUGAAAUCACAUAUGAACCAGUCUCAAACCCCUGGCUUAUGGACCUCAUGAAAAAGUGCCUCGCAUGGGACCGCAACGAAAGGUGGAGGAUACCUCAGCUACUCCAACACCCUUUCAUUGUUCCCCCGGUUCCACAGCAGCCAUCUUCGCCUUGCGAGGAAAACUGUAAACUGCUUCAACUUAUUUCCCAAACCUGUGCUGACGAUCGUGAGGCUUCCAAGCUAUGCUGUCAGAUGCAGCAACUGCUUAAGGACCCUGUCACAUCAAUAGGGUCUCAGUUAGUAUCGUCACGAGACCUACAAUGUAAAUUGCUCUCCCAAAUGACAAAACUUUGCCUUCAGCUCCAGGAACAUUUAGCAAACUCAGAGGGAUAAAAGGUGAAGUUGCAAGCAAUAUCAUCACUCACAGUAUCAGCUCCCAUUUGUUGAGAAACUGGUAUCCACUUUUGUCAGCUGAUUCUUAGGGGAGAAACUCACUUGUAACCAAAGGCAACACUAUAUGCGGCAAGCAUCUCCUGUUGGACGGGUGGUGCACUUUUUGAACACGUGGCAAACAUUUAUUGAAUGAGUGAUGCCACUAAGACUUUAUCUUGGUUGCAAGAGAGAAUCUUUCGAUUUGUAGGCCCCUAGGGGAAUCAUAUGCUUUGGAUACCAUAGUUCUCUUCUCUCUCUUUGUAAUGCUGUGUAAUAUUCCUUGUGUGUUUAUAUUGUUUUGUUAAAUAUAAAAAGAAAAUAUGGUGAGAGUGAUUGGCGUGGAUGUUCAUCAUUUUGCCCUGUAUGUAAACUACAUGAACAAUGUGGUUCAUGAA